UUAAAUGCGCGUGACCGGCUCGCGCCGCUCGUCUUCCACACAAUUUUGCACUUUUCUCUUUUUCGGGGGAGGAGGAGGGCGAGAAUGAAUCCGCCGUGCGGGAGAUGCGCCAAACCGGUUUACCCCACGGAAAAAAUCAACUGUCUUGAUAAGUACUGGCACAAAGGCUGCUUCAGCUGUGACGUGUGCAAGAUGGCGCUGAGCAUGAACAACUACAAAGGCUUCGAAAAGCGGCCUUACUGCAGCAUGCACUAUCCCAAAACCUCCUUCACCAUCGUGGCCGACACCCCCGAGAACCUGCGCCUCAAGCAGCAGAGCAUGCUCAACAGCCAGGCCCUCUACAAGGAGGAGUUUGAGAAGAACAAGGGCAAAGGUUUCAGCGUGGUGGUGGACACGCCGGAGAUGCAGCGGCUGAAGAAGACACAAGAGCAGAUCAGUGACAUCAAGUAUCACGAAGAUUUCGAGCGGAGCAAAGUACGGAGUGACGCGCCGCCCCCGGAAAAUAGGCAAGAACCGUCGAGCCAAGCAGAGGCACAGAUGCGCCCGCCUGUUACUAUGGCGCCGUCUGGUGGAGGGAAGCGGUACCAGGCCAUGUACAGCUACACGGCGGCGGAGGCAGACGAGGUGUCCCUGCAGGAGGGCGACCUCAUCGGCGACGCGGAGCUCAUCGACGAGGGCUGGCUGUUCGGCAGCAACCAGCGCACGGGCCAGCGGGGGAUGCUGCCCGCCAAUUACGUUCGGCCCGUGUGACGCCGCAAAGACGUCGCUCACCUGGAAUCGGAAGUUUGCGAUCGGUACGCGAAGUGUCUCGCGGGGUGUUCUCCUGGUUCACUGAGACAUUGGAUCUAUGAUUUAAAAAAAAAAAAAAAAUUAAAAAAAAAAUCUUGAAAUCUGAAUUAGUAACAGUGAUUAAAAAUAAAUAAAUCCCAGCCCCCCC